CGGAAAGCAAACAAAAACAAGAAAUGGCGAAUUUCUCGAUGACUCAGGUCGUAUCCUCAGCAACCAUUGCGCGGCACACAGUGUGCCAUGAGUGUGUGGUAGUGCUAGGUAGUAACAACCAUCAUUAUCUGCCUGCUGUUAGUGUCCAAAAACGGUUUCGGAAAGCGCUCAUCGUACCCGGCCGGUCGGCAGCACCAUAUCGGUCGCACCAUAAAGUUGUCGUUUGUUCGCGUGUGUGUGUGUGUGUGUGUUUGGCAAAAACGACCGGUGGCAGGUUUAACAAUGUUUGACUGUUUUUGCUCACAGCCACCGGUAGCGGGCGAUACCGGCGAGCCGAACGUGCCAUUUGAAACUUUUCCCAAUCACCACCAGCGGCCGUCGGUGGUGGCGACCGAGUUUGCGGCCGAACUAGUGCACCAGCUGGUCGGCGGUGUGCGGGGGGGCGUCCGGGGGUACGGACCGUACCUGGCCCGGUACGCUCUCCUCAUCAACGCCAUCGAAACGGUGUUGUCAAUGUAUGCACUGCUGACGCAAGCCGGCUGGGACCAUCGGCUCCAGUGGCGCCCGCUCUGCUACAUUCCGAAGUAUUUGCGCAUCAAUAUCGCGCUGGUCGUGUCGCUGCUGACCGUCUACUCGAAUCUGGCCGCCAUCGUCGGUUUGCUAAAGCAUCAGCCGUACCUGCUACUGCCCUACAUCUGCCUUCGGCUGGGCACGUUUGUGCUGGAGCUGUGCUACUUGGUGGAUAAAACGCGACCCGCCACGAGCCCCCUGCCUGCCUGGAAGCUUGACCCAAAGGUUUGCCCACUCGAACGGUGGCGGUCGUGGUCGCCGCUGAUGGUCGUCCUAGUUGGCUGCAAUCUAUCGGCAGUGAUCGCUGUGUAUAUGACCGACGAUGGCCUGAAGGUUGGUGCUGCGUGACUAUGGUGUCCGGUGUGCGGUGUGAGAUUGAAAUCGUACCGAAGUGGCGCCCUUGUCGUGAUUCAGAAACGUUCGCACGAUGGUGAAGAUUGGUGGUUCUCAUUUUUAACCACAGCGCAACCAGUGCAAUUCGGAACUCCUGUCAACCACGCAAGGUGUAACAAAAUCCGUGGUCAGUACGUUUUCCCGAAUUGGUCGUUUUUUUGUUUGCUUCAACCCUGAAGAUUAGUGAAUGGUGGUUUGCAGUGUUUGCACACACACCACUACCGGGGCUAAUGGAUUCACGCGAGAUGGCGCUGCAGUAGGCAAAAGGGGGAAUUAUUUCCCUUUUAGCAGCAAAAGGGUAUGGCAAUAAACAACGCGCUGUUGGAGACAUUUUCGUCACACACUGUAGCUUAGCUUGGGUGUUUGUUUAAUUGUUUAUGGUGGAGGGCAGAGGGAGCCAUAAGCAAUAGGUGGUGUUGUUGUUUUUGUCGUUCCGCGGCGGAAGACUAAACAGGGCUGCCCUGUUGGUAGCGUAACGGUUUAGCAGCGUGUCGGCAUUUCUUCAGCACUGAUAGCUUCAUUUGCAGCGUAUAAACACAACGCGAUGUAACAACAACACAGCCUACUACUACUACACUUUACUAUUACACUCACACACAGACAUGCCAAAAUGCUGCCGGUUCUCCGCACGAGAGAGGGUGUGGGCUUUACUCGCGCGAGCUUUUGUUAUGAUUUUACUCACAACAGCAAAACAUACUUUAACGCAAGGCAGCCAUACAUACAACUCCGGCUGGGUUGCGGAAUGUAAGCAAAACGUGGUUAUGUCAACAGUCACGUGCUCUCCUGCUGCCAAUGAUGUAUCGUGGGACUAGUACUACCACUACUGGUGGGUUUCAAUUGUUUGUGUAUUUUGUAGCGAAGGAGACGGACGGGGGGACUGGGAACACGCAGAUUGAUUUGUUGACCAUUUUGUGGGCAUCAGUUACAGAGUCCGGUCAUUGGUGGCGUUCCGAGUGAAUAAAUACACAGCUUCAGCUGCCAUGACGUCGUGAAGCCUUCAAACUGUGUGCCUUGGGUAGGGGAAUUGUAAUGUUUCUCGUCAUCUUCCAGAAGUCUAUUACUUCAGCGGGUCGUACGGUACAAAGGCGAAAUGAGGGAAAUUUAUUUGCCUCGCAAACUCGUCCAAGAAAACCUAUAACGCUCAACCAUCCGGUAAAUGCGACCGAGAGUGGAACUUUUCUCGGUUGUUGUGAAAGGCGAAAACUUGCAACAGGACGCAGCGGGCACCGUUCGCUUCCGAAUCAUGGUAAAGUUGCCGUUGUGGUGAAAAUUGAAAUCCAAUCUCCAGCAACACGAACACCCAGCACUGGGUGUUUGUCGGGGUCUUUGCCAGGAGUUUCCCCCUCUUACAGGAGAACGGGUGCACUGUCGUUAAUGCCAACCAUGGGAUACUGUUUAUGUUGGUUUGCUUGAUGCAUACGUGUUACCCUGUCCGUCUCCCGUGGUCCCGUGCUGCUGCAUCGGGGUUGGCCGGGAAAAAGAUUAGCUCGGCUAGAGGAAAUUGUGCACACGCUUCAGUUCGGUCGGUUGUGUUCGGGCUAGCAAAGGCCGAUGUAACCUUUCAACUCUUGGCCCUCUUCCAUCUUGAGGCAUGAGUAGCUGUCAAACCGUGGUACGGCGAGAAAGGCUCAACCACUCGUCUUCCGUAAGCAAACAAUUUGAUGCCCUCAGCGCCCCUGACACCUGACUCCCAACCCUCGACCCCCCGACCACGGCGCAAAUGUGUGAUGACAAAGUUUGUUCUGUUUUAAAACAACACUCCUGCCACACCGUUAUACUCGGCGAGAUCUUGUUUUGCACGUUGUGGUUUUCUUUCAACGGAGAGCACACUCCACACAGGCUGUUUUCUCCAGGGAAGAGUGAAUUUUCCUGUAUUUCAUUUGAUUUCUUGCGAGGGGAGUUGUAGGGGGGGGGGAGGAUUCCGGACGACUUCUUAAUGAUGAAAGGGCCACUGUGCCACUCUGCGCGACAGUUGGAGCGGUGGCGUAGGUAGCCUAGUGGCGCUGCUCGGUGUCGACUCUGUGGUAAGUGGUCGCGGAAAAUGGGAAAGUGUGGUCGGUACACGGCACAAGACGAAAUGGUACAUCGUUUGGCAGGUGUAGUGCUGUCGCUUUAUUCCUCGCGGGCGGGUUUAUUGUUUGUUUGUGUGUAGUGUUUAGUUCAAAGUUAAAUAAAAAACAAACUCCCAUUUUGAAGAGCAUUACAUGCAUGGCUGUUUCUUGCGGCUUUGAGACAGGUACGGCACGAACUUAUUGUUAUUGCUGAAGUGUUAUUGCUGAAGCGUUAAGCCAACACAAAUGAGUUCUGUUUGAUGUUGCGUCACCAACGCUUGACGUCGAUGAAAGAAUGUGUGUGUGUAUGUGUGUGUGUGUGUGUGUGUGUGUGUGUGUGUGUGUGUGUGUGUGUGUGUGUGUGUGCUUGC